AUUUCGUAUCAAUUCUUCCCUGAAUUUUCUGUUAUUGUCAAUGAAAAAUUUGUUCAUGAUUGAUAGAAAAUGUAUCUACUUAACUUUCGGUGUAAACUAAACUGACAAUUAGAAUAAGCAUGAAAAUUAAAGCUUCUGUAAAUGUAUAAUAGUGGAUUCGAAAUUGUACCCAACCAUCGCCCAUUUGUUCUAUUCCCGAUUCAAAAGUUUCUCUGGCUCUUUGCUAAGAGGGGCUAAAACUCCAGAAAUGAGAAAUAUUAUGCAUUGAAACAAUAGCGUACCAUAUGUAUGGAUGAAUGGGGUCAGUUUUAUUUAUUAUGUUAUCGACCACCAUGGAUCCGAAUCUACUACUGUUGUAAAUUCAUAUGCAUUUGCAGGUUUGGGUUCAUGCCUUGGUCACUUACCUAGUUUACUAUGAGUGUUUUUUGGCUAUUUGUAGGGCUAGUUGAUCGUCUCGUUGGGGUAAUAGUGACUAUUAGAUAUGAAUAAUGUAUAAAUAUACAUUCCAUUCAUCACAUGCUGGAUUGGUUGUUUUUCUCUGAAGUAUACUAUUAAUGUCUGUUGUCAUGUGGUUCUUAUGUCUACACUUUGAGGCACAGAAGAUUAGGACAUGGUGAUCAUUUAGCAGUCUGUUGCGUAGCUUGUAUCUAACAUGCAGUCUUCAAAGAAAGCAAGUUCAACCAUGUGUUGGUAUAUGGAGUGAUAAGUGUUCUUCAAAAUAUGGAAGGAGGCGUCCCUUUAUUCUUGCUGGGUCUUUAAUGAUAGCAGUUGCUGUGGUGUUGAUUGGAUUUUCUGCUGACAUUGGGUAUAUACUAGGAGAUACGAAGGAACAUUGCAGAGUAUACAAGGGUACACGAACAAGGGCAGCUAUUAUAUUUGUAAUAGGCUUUUGGAUGCUUGAUCUUGCAAACAAUACAGUGCAGGGUCCUGCCCGUGCUCUUCUAGCUGAUUUAUCAGGUCCUGAUCAACACAAUGUUGCAAAUGCAGUAUUUUGUUCAUGGAUGGCUGUUGGUAAUAUCCUAGGAUUUUCAGCAGGAGCUAGUGGAAACUGGCACAAAUGGUUUCCGUUCCUUUUGAGUGAUGCUUGCUGUGAAGCCUGUGGAAACCUUAAAGCAGCAUUUCUUAUCGCUGUGGUUUUUCUAACCAUAUGUACUCUUGUUACCAUAUAUUUUGCCCAUGAAGUUCCACUUACUGCUGUAGAUCAACUACCACGUUUAUCAGAUUCUGCUCCUCUGUUGAAUGGGAAUGAACAAAGUAGUCCUAAUAUUGUAAAAUCGGAACUUAACAGUCCAAAUGGGAGCAAUGACAACUAUGGCUAUCAAAAAGAUGUGAAUUUGGAAUUUUCGAAAUCAAUAAUUGAGGAAAAUCACAGUGAAAGUUAUUACGAUGGUCCUGCAACAGUGGUAGUCAAAUUGUUAACCAGUUUAAGGCAUUUACCACCGGCCAUGCAUUCAGUGCUUCUUGUGAUGGCUCUUAGCUGGUUAUCCUGGUUUCCCUUCUUCUUAUUUGAUACGGAUUGGAUGGGAAGGGAAGUGUACCAUGGGGACCCAAAAGGAAGUUUGGCUGAUGAACAGGUUUAUGAUCAGGGUGUCAGAGCAGGUGCAUUUGGUUUGCUAUUGAAUUCUGUUGUUCUUGGUAUCAGUUCUUUCUUCAUAGAGCCGAUGUGUCAGCGCAUGGGAGCAAGACUUGUCUGGGCAAUAAGCAACUUUAUUGUGUUUGCAUGCAUGACGGGAACUACUAUUAUCAGUUUGAUAUCUGUCAGUCAAUACUCUGAAGGAAUCGAACACGUUAUAGGGGGAAACUCAACAAUAAAAAAUGCUGCCUUGGCUAUUUUUGUUCUUCUUGGUUUUCCUCUUGCUGUAAAUGUCAAAGUUUAUCUUUUCAAUUUAUUCUCUUUAUAUCACAUCCUUGAAGUUAAAAGUCCAUUGUUUCUGUUGCAGAUAACUUAUAGCGUUCCCUUCUCUUUGACAGCAGAAUUGACUGCUGAUUCUGGUGGUGGCCAAGGAUUGGCUAUUGGAGUUCUCAAUCUUGCAGUUGUUAUUCCCCAGAUGAUUGUAUCACUGGGUGCUGGGCCAUGGGAUGCAUUAUUCAGUGGAGGAAACAUUCCUGCAUUUGCUUUGGCUUCUGUUUGUGCGCUUGCGGCUGGAGUUGUUGCGCUUCUUAGAUUGCCUGAUCACACCAACAGUUCUUUCAAAUCCACAGGCUUUCAUUUUGGUUGAAAAAGACCGCAUCAAACUUUUAAAACAAGCUAGAACAUACAUGCACAUGCUCCCUGCCAAUCAACGCUUUUACAAGGUUGGAUUUCCAGUGCCAUUACAGUUUAUUUAAACUAUAUGCAUUCGAUAUUCAUAUUCAUUGAUUUUUUCUGGGUAUCUGUACCGUAGGUAGUGUAAAUUUUCACUUACCAAGAUGAGUAAAGUGGAGAUAUAACGAUGAUAAAAGUCUCGCUUGCACGUUUAUGUUAUUUGUCCUCGUAGAAACACAACGAUCAUAAUACGUUAUAGUGGCUAGAUUAAUGAAAUUAAUGAAGAGUUUCUUUCCUCGUA